AUGGCUGAAAAGGAGAACAUGUUCAUGGUGGAAAGCAGAGAAUGGUACAUGGUAUCCUAUGCUCCACACGGUGUUCCAACUUCUGAUCAUCUUAAACUCCGCACUGUCAUUUUAUCAAUGGACGCAGAUUCAAUUCCUGAUGGCCAUGUUGCCAUUGAGACGCUGCUUAUUUCCAUAGAUCCAUACCUACGCAGCAGACUCACUGGAACCAUAGACGGACUUUGCUUUCAGCAAUUUGAGCUUAAUGAGGUGAUUACAGCAUUUGGGAUUGGAAGGGUAAAACAAUCAAAAGACAGUAAAUAUAAGGAGGGGGAUCUUGUUCUGAAUCCAAAUUCUCCCGUUGCAGAGUAUUAUGUCACGCCCUCCUCUCAUAUCGCUAGAAAAAUCGAUGCUGCAAGUGGCAUUUCAUUGCCCGAUUAUCUAAGCUCCCUAGGAGUACCCGGGUUUGCAGCAUGGGUGGGGAUAGAGGUGGUGGGAAACCCGAAACCUGGUUCAAAUGUGUUCAUAUCUGCGGCUUCCGGUGGUGUGGGAAUGAUUGCUGGUCAAUUGGCUAAGCUCAGAGGUUGUAGGGUCAUUGGAAGCACAGGAUCCGACGAAAAAGUGAAGCUAAUAAAAGAGGAAUUUGGGUAUGAUGAUGGAUUCAACUACAAUAAGGAAGCAGAUUUUGAUGCCGCUUUAAGCAAGUACUUUCCUGAUGGUAUUGAUGUUUACCUUGACAACGUUGGAGGUAAAAUGCUUGAAGCUGUACUUAACCAUGUCAACAAGUGUGCCAGGAUACCACUUUGCGGGAUGAUAUCUCAGUAUAAUAAGGUUUGGACUGAAAGAGAAGGCGUCAGGAAUCUUCUGAAUAUGGUUGGCAAAGAAGUGAGGAUGGAGGGUUUUGUGGUGGAAACAUAUUUGACUCGCAUUGGAGACUUUUCUAAAGAGAUGGAGGGAUACAUAAAAGAAGGCAAGGUUAAGUCCAAGAAUAAAAUAAAUAUCGGAAUUGAAAGCUUUUUAGACAGCUUUAGCUCUUUAUUUUCUAGCUCUAAUAUUGGAAAAGUAGUUAUUCAAGUUAAGGCAUAA